CGAAAACGAGAUCCUCAAAAACCAAAAAUGAAGUUCAAAUUUACGUGCUGGUGCUUGGCACUGUUCAUUCUUCUAAAUCACCCAACCCCAACUAUUCCAUCCUCUUCAGAUAACACCGAUCAAACAGAGCCUGAGCCGUAUCUGUACGUCAUAGGACGAAAGAAGCUGGAAGAGGCAAAGCAAAAGUGCUAUGACCGAAUGCAACAGAUGCCCCCGUACCAAGGAGAAGGUCCAUACUGCAACCGCACCUGGGAUGGAUGGAUGUGCUGGGAUGACACACCGGCUGGAGAAAUGGCCACUCAGUUCUGCCCAGGUUUUUUUCCGGACUUUGAUCCAGAGGAAACGGUUACAAGAUACUGUGAUGAAAAUGGUGAGUGGUUUAAACAUCCUGAGACAAAUCAGUCCUGGUCCAACUACACCCUGUGCAAUGCUUUCACUCCUGAGAAACUGCAGAAUGCGUACAUUCUGUACUAUUUGGCGAUUGUGGGUCAUUCUUUGUCGAUUAGCACCUUGGUGGUUGCCCUGGGGAUUUUCUUGUAUUUCAAGAAACUUAGCUGCCAAAGGGUUACCCUGCAUAAGCACAUGUUUCUCACUUACAUUCUGAAUUCCAUCAUUAUCAUCGUCCACCUGGUUGAGGUAGUACCCAAUGGAGAGCUUGUGCGAAGGGACCCGGUGAGCUGCAAGAUUGUGCAUUUCUUCCACCAGUACAUGAUGUCCUGCAACUAUUUCUGGAUGCUCUGUGAGGGGAUCUAUCUGCAUACCCUCAUUGUGGUGGCUGUGUUCGUCGAGAAGCAGAAAAUGUGGUGGUAUUAUCUCUUAGGCUGGGGGUUCCCUCUGGUGCCAACCACUAUCCAUGCCAUUGCCCGGGCCCUGUACUUCAAUGACAACUGCUGGCUGAGUAUGGAAACCUAUUUGCUUUACAUAAUCCACGGCCCUAUCAUGGCAGCAUUAGUGAUCAACUUCUUCUUUCUGCUGAACAUUGUCCGGGUGCUUGUGACCAAAAUGCGGGAAACCCAUGAGGCGGAAUCGUACAUGUACAUGAAGGCUGUGAAGGCCACUAUGGUCCUUGUGCCCCUGCUGGGAAUCCAGUUUGUUGUCUUUCCCUGGAGACCUUCGAACCCGGUGCUUGGGAAGAUCUAUGAUUACGUCAUGCAUUCUCUGAUUCAUUUCCAGGGAUUCUUUGUCGCGACUAUCUACUGCUUCUGCAACAAUGAGGUCCAAACCACCCUGAAGCGCCAAUGGAUGAAGUUUAAAAUCCAGUGGAACCAGCGCUGGGGAAGGCGCCGCCCCCGCAACCGCUCUGCUGCUGCUCGGGCUGCAGCUGCAGCUGCAGCUGCAGCAGCUGCUGAGGCUGGCGACAUCCCUAUUUACAUUUGUCAUCAGCAGCUGAGGAAUGAGCUCGCCAUCGACAUCCCAGAUGAGGAGGAGGGUGUUGAGAUCAUCCCUUUGAAUGUCAUUGAGCAAGAGUCAUCCGCUUGA